AUGAUAUUGACGCCCAAGUCGACAUACGCCAAUGGUACUAAGGAACAGGAACAGAUCUCUGCUCAACCACGAAGCUCGGCUUCAUAUGAUGAUGUGAAGAUUCCUUCCCUUACGAAACCGCUGGAAACCUCACAGCACAUUUCGGAAGAACAUGAAUGUACAGAGGCUAGUACCCAGAACGUCCCAUCAGGCGUAAAUGGAAGAGAUUCGAAGGCGAGUGGUCAAACACAGCCGUUUGCGUAUUCCGUAUUGACAUCAAUGGUGAAUUCCGAAGCUAAGGGAGAUGCGACACAUACCUCACCAGCUCCACCACCCACAGAACCUACCAUUCAGCAGUCAUGGGAUGCACUCAUGAAGACAAUAGACACUCGAGAUGACGAACUGAUGAAAGGGUACAAGGAAGAUAUAGAUACAUUGUUGGUUUUUGCCGGUUUGUUUUCUGCCAUUGUCACCGCCUUUACGAUUGAAUCUUCAAAAUGGUUGGAAGAAGACCUUCAAAAUACUACAGUCGUGCUUCUCAAACAGAUCGCCCACUGGCAAAUGAGCGACCUAUCCUCACCUCUGCCUACCCCUUUCACUCCCAAUUCCUCAGAUGUUCGCAUCAACACUGUCUGGUUUCUGAGCCUGAUCCUCGCACUCGUGUAUGCCCUGUUCGGGCUACUGUGUAAACAAUGGGUUCAGGAACAUCAAUGGCAAAUGAAUACACGUACCCCUGGUCAGGCGUUAGCUCUUCGCUGGCUGCGUAACCAGAGCUUUGCACGAUGGCAUGUGCCAAAGAUCCUCGUAUCCCUCCCAAUCCUACUUGAAGUCGCACUCUUCCUGUUUUUUGCAGGGUUAUUGGAGCUGUUAUGGAACCAACAUCACGUCCCAUUUGCGAUUGCCCUUACAGUUGUCAGCUGUGCUAUUAUUUGUUAUCUCACAACCACGAUACUUCCCAGUUUGCAUAUCAUUCGACAGGUCUUUCAGACCCACCCUUACUUCACUGAGGACAAUCCGGUGUUUCACCCACAUGACAUUGGCCGUUUACCAUCGAUCGACCUCAUCUGUCCCUAG